ACUUAUAAUGGGAAGUGUUUUGUAAUAGGCGCUUCGAAUGACAUCAAAUGGCGAUAAAACUAUGACAAUAAUAAGUAAAAUUUCGAAUUGCGUGGGAAGUUACUUAAAAAUAUAUUUGGUUAUUAAUAACGUUUCGAUUUAAUUAAGAAUUAUUGCGAAUAUUAUCGGACGAUCGGUAACAUUUAAUGACGUCUCAAAUACUAGAUAUUUUAGUAUUGUAUCCGGAUCGUCAUACUAUAUUUUGUCGUUCGCAUUAUUCUUUUUUGGCAAACCACCCCCUCUGUGACGUCGACGUCGGGACGAUAAGUGGACUCUAUUGUCAUUCCCGUCCUUGCAAUGGAUGGUGGUGGAGUUGUUUGACUAGCUUUGACGAAAGGAAUCAAAAUGAUUGCACAUCAACAUUAAAAAAUCCUGCAAGCUAAAAAUUAAAUAAUGCCUGUUGCACCUUCAGCCAAUCAGAAAGAUGGGACCAUGACAAGGUACCCCACUCUUUUGUCCAAACAAGGACGGCAUAGUCCUCGUAGUCCUUCACUCCAUUCUCCAGGAGCAAAUCAUGUAUAUUCAGCAGAUCCUCAAGCUUGUUUACAGGAGAUUCGACAGUUAGCUUCACCUGGUGGUAAUCUCAGUGUUCUACAACAGUCAGAUCAUCCUUUUUCAAAUCAAGGCCAACCUCCUCAUCCACAUCUUCAUCCAUUUAAUCAUCGCACAUCACCGGGUAUUCUUCAAAAUCCAUCAUCACUGUUGGAGCCUUAUCCCCAUCCUGUAAGAACAUCACCUACUAAUUGUGACAUUUCCAUUUGGUCUGGUCAUCAGGAUCACUUGGGCCAGCAGUUGUCACAUUCGCCAAUGUACUACUCAGGGAUACGAUCAAGUGAUGAUAAUGGAAGAAAGAGUGAAAGCCCUAGCAGAAAACGGUGCAGAGUAUCACUGUCUUCCCAAGAUGUAACUGAGAUUCCAGAUAACUCUAUUUCCUCUUUACCCAUUACUUCCUGGGACCAUUCAGCAUCAUCUCCAUCUGAAAGAAAUAUAAGAAGAAGAAGUAUCUCUCAUCGCAGAGCUUCUGGUACGGAGAGAUGUAAUACACCUCGUUGCCGUUACAGUCCUACUACGAGGCAGACAAGGUUUCUUGAACGACCUCCCAUGUGGCAUGGAAACUAUCCUCAAGAUCAUCGACCAUUCCAACCUCCUUCAAUUAAUAUUCAACACAAUGGUGUUUCACAUGGAUCCUAUCCACAUCACACUGGUCUUUUACCACAUCCUAAUCAACCACAACAACAGCCAACACCUCAAGUACAACACCCUCAACCUGCCUUUGCUUUUGAUAUGGGACAGGUUUCUUGUUCUGUGGCUCCUUCUCUCUCCCCACAACCUCUCUCUAUAUUUAAUACUCCAAAUAAUGGCAAUAGUCGAACAGCUAUAUAUUCUCAAUAUUAUACAUAUGGAGAACCAACAUCUCAAACUUGUGCAACUGCAAACAUUGCUGCAACACAUCAUAUAGCAACUCCUGGUUUUUCUUGUGGUUGUAACUAUCCACAGUCUCAGCUCCUACCUUCACCACAUCAUCCUCCACAACAGCCAUCACCUCCAUUCAUUCAUCCUUCUAGUCCCCAUGUACAAUCCCGUUUUCAGACUCAGGUAGCACCUGUGCCAUCACCCAUGGGACAGAGGAUGCAAUAUUUAACACCACCUCAUAUACUGCAAGCCCAAGAUGCAGGAUUGGAAGCUGCUGCUGAACGUAGACCACCACCAUUUAUUAGUUUGUCACCAACUGGUCAUCAUGGUCAUGGUAGUCCACCAAUUACUUCAUCAUCUCCUUUGCCUCAUCAAGUCUUACAAGAUUAUACAAGUGUUAGAGGACAGCCUGAAUUUUCAUGUAUAAAUAAUAAUACUUCAUAUGUAAGAAGAAUAAGUCAUGCUAGAAGGAGUAGUACUCGUAGAUGGCGCCCGCCACCUGUACUUCCUCCGGCUCCUCCACCCUAUUCAGGCUUCCUACUUCAUUUUCUUGCAAUGCUGUCCAAUCCUACCAUCCCAGCUCAUACUCAAGAUAUUCCCAGUCCUGAAUCACCAGAAGCAGAGAAUUAUGAAGCUCUGCUUACAUUAGCAGAGCGGCUUGGUGAAGCCAAACCAAGGGGUCUUCCUAAAUCAGAAAUAGAACAAUUAUUGUCAUAUCGAUAUAAUCCAGAGAAUCAUGGUUCUGAUCAAACAUCUUGUGUAGUAUGUAUGUGUGAUUUUGAAGCACGACAGGUUCUAAGGGUAUUACCUUGUGGACAUGAGUUUCAUGCACGCUGUGUAGAUAAAUGGCUAAAGACAAAUCGUACAUGUCCAAUAUGUAGAGGAGAUGCUUCUGAUACAGGACAUCAAGCUGAUUAGAUAUGAAAUUGAAAUUUGGGGAAAAAUCGACUACAACCAGUUAUUGUGCCAUUGGAAAAUUGAGUACAUUCUAGCUUCAUAUCAGUCUUCUAGAAAUACUAAUUAUAGAAUAUACUUUUAUGUAUUUAGCUGUCAAAACAUUCAUAUUGAAAUUUAUUCCAUAGCUUUGUAUGGAAAUAUGCAAAAUCAUUAGCAAAAAAUGUGUGCCAGUAGAUGUUGGGGAGCAUUUGAUAGCAGAAGGUUACCACAGUGCCUUCAGGGGUGGGAUGGGAUAGCCAAAAAAAAAAAAAAUGCAAUUGUCCCCUGAUUGAGAUUGCUGUGUGUGCAAUAAAUAGUUGAAGUGCAUGAAAUGAUUAUAGUUGCAGAAUUUUGAUGUCUCAAUUUUGUUUUAUCUUACACGUCUCUCUAAUUAGUACAAAUUAUUUGUUUAUUGAGGUUUAAAAUCCGAUGUGCCGUCUUGCAUAAAAUUUAUUUUUACAUUUAUAAUUUUGCUUAAAAGCAUACAAUUUGUUACAUUGUUGUAUAAAGAAGAAUUGGUUUUUCUUCACACUUUAUUUCUGCUCAAAUAUAAUUUCAGUGCUGUUAAAAAUACUUUGAAGUAAACAAGUCAUUGACUAUAAUAUUACAUGUUGUUAAGAGCAUUUUGUUAAGAUGUAAUAAUUGAUAUGUUGUUGUACGAAGAAUUUGUAAAUGUAGAAAAUUAUUUAAAUUUCUUUGAGUCAUAAAAUGAAAUAUUACUUUUGUCAUUAUACUAAAUUUAAAUUUAGUAUACUUUUAAAAUUUUAUAAUAGGCAAGCUAUCUAUGUUUGAAAAUUUUAUGAUAAAACAAAAUCUUUAAAAUAUUUAUUUGGAUUUGAAAAUGUAGAAUUAUUUUAUCCAAUGAAAAACCGUGCAAUUUCAAAGUUAUUUUGCUUCAGUAGCUUUUUAUUGAUAUAACACAUGAAGGUAAAUUUUGAAUCCAUUAAUCGAUAACAACAAAUUAAAGAUUUGUGUUCAAUAACCUUCUUUACAUAAAUUUUUAUUAUAGUUAAAUUAUUUAUUAACUGAAAAAUUAGAUAUUAAAAUUCAUUAAUAAUUGAACUGUUGUAUGAGGUUAAUGAUCUGGUAGCUAAUGUUGAUUGCUUGGUGCUAAUGUUGGGGAAAACAUUCUAUUGCACAUUACAUCAUUACAUAAAUUUGCACAUAUAUCUAAAAAUGAGACUUCAAUUUUAUGUACAUAGUAAAUUGUUUAUAGUGAUGAUUUUCUGUUAUCAUAUCAUAUAUAUAUAUAUUUCAGCUUUAUAAACUGUAAAUGUCUCAAUUAUUGAAAAUUAACUUAGAAAAUCAUUUUAUGUACUUUAUAGUUUAAGUAGUAAUUAUAUAUAAUCAUUAAUAG